AUGCAUUUGGAGGGAAAGAAUGAGGACGCUAGCCCAGUGGAUGCGACUUCUACUCGAAAAGCCUGGUUAACACUGGCUGGAGCUUUUCUCCUGCAAUUUGUGGCAGUUGGUCCAAUCAUGUCGUUCGGUGUAUUCCAGGAUUUCUACAGCACCGACUUUCUUGAAUCUCAUUCAGCAUCGGACAUUAGUUGGAUCGGAGGGGUACAGUUGUUUCUCUAUCUCGGCUGCGGGGCGCUAGGGGGCAAAAUGUACGACUCAGGCUUUCGGCGGUUGACGUUCGUUUGUGGGUCACUGGUUCACGUCGUGAGCUUCUUCAUGCUGUCGUUGGCAAAGAGGGACCGCUACUACCAAGUUAUGCUGAGUCAAGGCAUCGGAAUUGGCCUCGGUGCUGCUCUCGUCUACGUGCCAACCUUUACGGUCGUUGUUCCUCAUUUCAAAGCGCAUCGUGCAUUGGUGAUGGGUAUCCUUUCUACCAGCACUCCUCUCGCCACCAUAGUUUUUACUAUUUUGUUCAACGAAAUGAUUUUUCACGGACCAGGGUUUGCCUGGGCAGUUCGUACAGGCGCUUUUCUCUGCUCUGCGGGCUUCGUACUGGGGCAGCUUAUGAUCAGCUUUGUGGUGCCGCAAUCAACGGAUUUAACAUCUCAAAAACCCGAAGACUCGACACUCUCCCAUAGCUUGCGUGCAUCAUCAUAUUUGCUCACCCUUCUCGCCGGAUUCUCAGCGCAACUCGGGACGCUCUUUCCCACAUUUUACCUGCAAACCUUUGCCCAGGCGCACGGGUUUUCAAAGGCGCUUGUUCUUUACAUCCCAGUCAUCAUGAACGCGGCUACAAUUUUUGGAAGGAUCAUUCCUAAUUUAGCUGCGGACAAAUGGGGUCCCGUGGAAGUGUACAUCCCGUGUCUAGCGGCGAAUGGUGUCGUGGCCUUUGGCAUGUUGGGAGCCCAGAAUACUGCGGGUCUCGUCUGCUUUGCGAUCUUCUUCGGCUUCUUCUUUGGAUCGAGUAUAUCACUCUACUUUCCUGUUGUUGCAGCUCUCGUUCCCAAAGAGGGACAGAUGGGUCGGAUGCUUGGCUAUGCUCUCCUUCCUGUUGGUGUCUCCUCACUUGUCGGUCCACCGAUCGCGGGCAAGAUCAUCGGCCCGUCGACAUCCAUGCAUUGGUGGAAGGGCAUCAUAUUUUCAGCGGCAAAUCACGCUGCUCGCCAGCUCCAUGAUUCUAGUCGUCGCACGUAUGGUUCACAAGCACAGAUACAAGUGAUAGCAGUCGUCGUUCUUGGCAAUAGAAGCUUUUUUCCAAUUCUCAUCAGCACUAGUAUGCGAGUUGGGAGGAUUUGUCCAAGACGGGUGUUCAGUGCUAAUUGGCCGGGAGUCGCUUCCAAGAUCGCGCUGUGUGGUUGA